AGGAACAAUGGUGUCCCUCUUGAAGCAUGUGGGAAUAGCAGACUGGGAUAGGGAUUGAUUGAAUAUGUCCAUAAACACACUAGCCAGCUGUUCUGCGCAUGCUCUGAGGACGUGGCUGGGGAUGCCGUCUGGGCCGGCAGCCUUGCGAGGGCUAACACGUUAGCUGCGGUGAAGGAGAGCACACAGGUUUUGGUAGCGGGCCGCGUCAAUGGCACUGUAUUUUCCUCAAAGUGAGCUAUGAAGUUGUUUAGUUUGUCUGGGAGCAAGACAUCUGUGUCCGCGAUGGGGCUGGUUUUCUUUUUGUAAUCCGUGAUUGACAGUAGACCCAGCCACAUACGCCUCGUGUCUGAGUCGUUGAAUUGCAACUGUACUUUGUCUCCAUACUGAUGCUUAGCUUGUUUGAUUGCCUUGCUGAGGAAAUAGCUACUCUGUUUGUAUUCGGUCAUGUUUCCGGUAUCCUUGCCAUGAUUAAAAGCAGUGGUUUGUGCUUUCAGUUUUGCACGAAUGCUCCCAUCAAUCCACGGUUUCAGGGUGUGGAAGGUUUUAAGUCACCGUGGGUACAACAUCACCGAUGCACUUGCAAAUAAACUCGCUCACCGAAUCAGUGUAUACAUCAAUUUUGUUGUCUGAGGCUAUCCGGAACAUAUCCCAUUCCACGUGAUUGCUUCAAUCUUGAAGCGUGGAAUUAGAUAGGUCGGACCAGCGUUGAAAAGACCUGAGCAUGGGCGUUUCCUGCAACAAAAUGGAGUUGUGUUCAGAUUUGCCGAAAGGAGGGCGAGGGGGGGGCUUUGUAUGUGUCACGGAAGUUAGAGUAGCAAUGAUCCAGAAUUUUGCCAGCCCGGGUCGAGCAUUCGAUAUGCUGAUAACAUUUAGGGAGCCUUGUUUUCAGAUUAGCCGUGUUAAAAUUCCAAGCUACAAAAAAUGCAGCCUCAGGAUAUGUGGUAUCCAGUUUACAUAGAGUCCAAUGGAGUUCUUUUCGGGCCAUCGAGGUGUCUGCUUGAGGGGGAUAUACACGGCUGUGAUUAUAAUCGAAGAGAAUUCUCUUGGUGGAUAAUGCGGUCGGUGUUUGAUUGUAAGGAAUUCUAGGUCAGGUGAACAAAAGGACUUUAGUUCCUGUAUGUUGUUAUGAUCACACCAUGACUCGUUAAUCAUAAGGCAAUACAAUACACCCACGCCCUUCUUACCAGAGAGAUGUUUGUUUCUGUCGGCGCGAUGCGUGAAGAAACCGGGUGGUUGUACCGACUCUGAUAACGUAUCCCGAGUGAGCCAUGUUUCCGUGAAACAGAGAAUAUUACAAUCUCUGAUGUCUCUCUGGAAGGCAACCCUUGCUUGAAUUUUGUCUACCAAGUAUACUCGGGGGCGGUGUGCCCGUCUACGGAGCCUUACCAGAAGACCGCUCCGUCUGCCCCUUCUGCGGCGCCGUUGUUUUGGGUUGCCUACUGGGAUCCGAUCCAUUGUCCUGGGUGGUGGUCCAAACAGAGGAUCCGCUUCGGGAAAGUCAUAUUCCGGGUCGUAAUGUUGCCACAUGAAAGGGCAUCCAUGAUGCGGAGCUAACACCACCUCGUGCCCGCAGGAAGAGACGUGGCUGCCAAAUUAUCCCCAGUCAACACAUGGCGGCAUUAGGGAACCCUGAGACGCUAACCAGGAAGAUCAAGUUGUGGGACAUCAACGCCCACAUCACUUGUCGCCUGUGUGAGGGGUACCUGAUAGAUGCCACUACUGUCACGGAGUGCUUACACACUUUCUGCAGAAGCUGUCUAGUGAAGUACCUUGAGGAGAACAACACCUGUCCCACGUGCAGGAUUGUCAUUCACCAGAGCCAUCCACUGCAGUACAUCGGCCAUGACCGGACAAUGCAAGACAUUGUCUACAAGUUGGUGCCGGGGUUACAAGAGGCGGAGAUAAAAAAACAAAGAGACUUCUAUCAGAAGCUGGGAAUGGAAGUGCCCGGGGACAUCAAAGGAGAGCUGUGCAGCAUGAAACAUCUAGAUCCUCAACGCAAUGGCGAGGUGAAAACAGAGAACGCAGACAAAAAGGAAACGGCGGAGGAGAAACCAGAGGAGGAUAACGAUUAUCACCGCAGCGAUGAGCAGGUCAGCAUCUGUUUGGAGUGCAACAGCAGCAAGCUCCGCGACCUGAAGCGCAAGUGGAUCCGCUGCUCGGCUCAAGCCACGGUCCUUCACCUCAAGAAAUUCAUCGCCAAAAAGCUUAACCUGACAUCGUUUAAUGAGCUGGACAUUUUAUGCAAUGAAGAAAUCUUGGGGAAGGACCACACUUUGAAAUUCGUUGUCGUGACGAGAUGGAGAUUUAAGAAAUCCCCCCUCCUGCUGCAUUACAGGCCCAAAAUGGAUUUGCUGUAGUCGGACAGAACGGUUGUUUUGGCCCAGUGGCCCAGGACUGUGCAACGUACUAUUUAUGCAGAGACGAUCAACCCCAACCCCAAUACCAACACACCAGAGCAAAAGUACACACAAGCCAGCAGACAAAGAACCCCAGCACAGAUACUGCACCACUGGCGGGUUUGGAUCAAAAACAACCUUUUUUUGUCCACUAUACGUCCUAGAUAUGUGAAAAAUUAGAGAGAAAAAGCAUAUAUUUAUACUUUUGUACAGGUGAGAGACAUGGAACCAAGACACUACUGGUGCUCUGUUUACACAUGAACAAGAUGUCGGGUGAUCGUUCUACCGUCUUUUUUUGUUUUCUACAGACUUCACUCCUCGGACAUUCAUUAACUGAUAAAAAGGGGAGGACGAGGAUUUUUAACCAUUCGUUUUCUUUUUCAGGUUAAAGUCAGUGAGUCUUGGGAGCACAGAAAGUAUAUAAAGUUACAUGAUAAGACUGUUUCUAAGCUGUUUAUUGAGUUGUUGAAUUGUCUUGAUUUUUUUUAUUUGAUUUUUAAUUUGCUUCGGGGGUUUGCUGAACGUUGAUUGUGAAUAGGCAAAAACAAGUGUGUAGUAAUUUAUGUUCUAUAUAACAAUAUUGUACAUAAAAUGUCAUUAUGAGAGAGAUUGAAAGGAGUAGGAGAGAGACUUUAGACUGUUAGGAAAAGUUCCAGAAGUGCUAUAUUGUUGGGCUACUCGAAUGUAGCAUUGGAGGGUACGCUAGAGUUUUAAUGCAGAGAAGACUUCUUGUCGGUAUAUAGAAGGGCAUCCGAUAGUUGUCUGAGAGAGAAACAAAAGAAAUAUAUCACAUCUUCUGCCGUGUAAAAAAAAAAGAAGAAGAAAAGGGUCUGAAAUUACGUUGCAUUGCCGUAUGAGCAAUAUAUGAAUUUGAGAUUGUCUACAAAAGCAGCCAGCUUCUGAUAGCAUUAGCGUCCUACUCCUUAGUAGAAUGUAUUCCACUGGGUGAUCUUUAUGUACAGCUCAGCAGGGCAUCCCUUCUUCUGUCCCUAUCUCAUCGCUACCUUUAGUGCCAAAGGCUUGAAAAACCCCUUGACGUCCCCUUGUAUUUCCACGUGGUGAGCUAUAUGAAAGUCGCUGAGAUAUCAUCUAUUUCACAGCAGUAUGUGACCUGAGAUAGAGAGCUGUUUGAAACAGAUAGUCAAAUAUGAAAUUGAGAUGUUAUUAAUAUCACAAGAGCUUUGAGUUUCUUCAUUAUGUUAAAGAAGCACACUCAGAUAUUGAAGAGUAAUACUCUUUUGAGCAUAUGAAAUAAAUUCAUUUUUUUUAUAUGAUAUUAUCAAAAUCUACUUUUUGACCUUUGGGAGGUGGCUCUAAUUUGAGUGCUUAUUUGAGUGUAUCUAAUGAGAGUUGGGGGAGAAAGUACUUCAGAGCUGAAUGGCUUAACUGUGUAUUACGGGAACCAAGGCACGGAGGGACCGAAACAGUCUUAAUUCAUAGUCACGGCCACCUUUUUCGUCAGUGCAACUGAAAUAUCCUUUCCUUGAACUGGACCCUAAAAUAACAUUUCAGACCUCACAUAGCAUUACCUCACUGCACUGUCAAUAUUUCUGACAAUAAUUGUUCGUUCCCCUCCUUGUGUUUAUGCAAGGAAAGCUGUCGGUCUUGUACACAGUCCAAAUACGUUUCUACAGGUGCAUACUAUGUAAAAAAGACUUUCAUACAGGUCUCUACGAAAUCCAGCUUAACCAAAAUGUAUUUGUAUUUGGUUAACAGUCUCCCCCCAUCAGUAAAUGCAUAAAUAUAUUGAUAUAAGUAUUUUUUUUAUUUUUUUUUAUCAUUUCCAUACUUUGACUAUACACAGGUCACCUUGGUAUUUGUUGUGAUGUCUUAUAGUGUGAAAUAUUUUUGGUAUGCAUAUGGCAACACAAUAUGCAUAAGUUCUGUCUGACUCAUUUCUUGUUUUUAUCACUACCUUCAGCCUUUGACCUUAGCUUACCCCAUCCAAGAGCUGAAUCAUGUAUUAAUCAUUAAUUAUUUGUCAUUAUUGACCCCUUGUUUCUAGUGUGAAUGACAUAUGAAUUUUGUGUUACAGGCCCCAUACAUGUACAUUAGCUUUGUUUGAACAGCAUAUUAGCCAGUACGCCCUCAAAAUAGCCAUGGAAUCAUUACGUAUUGCAAAAAAGCUACCAGAGAAACACGAUGUAGUCACUAUUUCGCAGCAGUAUCUAUGGCUUCUUAAAGGAAAAUUCCACCCCAAUAUCGUCGUUUGGUGUUUGUUUCAUUAGUCCAUUGUUGAUAUAGUCCCAAAAAUGCUUUGCUUGUCGGCACUCAAGUUUUCAAGAUAUGUAACUAAAAAAUGACAUAAAUCAUCCCCCGUGUGAUGCAUUUUGCAGAGUUUUUGGGUUGAGUUUUCCUUUAAGAACUGGCAUAAUUGGAACAAAGGCAUGUUACAUGGUGUUGUUAUGAGACUCAGAUCUUCUUUUCUCAACUUGUUUUGUAUGCAUGUGAGUACUGUUCAGGAUCCCUGUGAUGUGAUCUCUGGGACAGAAUGGGGGCGGCGAGGGGGUCUUGUUUUGGGGGCUUUGCCACUGUGAAGGCUGGUGCUUGCGUUUCUUUUCUCUCUUCUUGGAGCUGAGUAUGGUGCUAACCUCUUUUCUCUAACUCAAUCUUGUGCAGAUCAGCUUCAGAGGGUUCAAAUGAGUGCAGUGGAUUCCGAGUGCUGAUAGUAGUUCAGUCACUCACUAGUCGGGCUUCGUGACGACCUGCCUAGUGCCUACGUGCCGGAGCCCUGUCUUUUCUUGUCACAACUGUCUCUCUCCCUCUCUCUGUGCAGAGGAAAAAUGUGCUGGCUUUUUCUUGUUGAUUUGUUUGUUUGCUUUUCCCCACGGUCCAGGCUUGCUCUGGAAAUGGAACAGAGAGAAUGGUCAAUAAAGUUGUGGACCGUGAA